CUGGGGAUGAGAAUCUUCACUAAGGAAGAUCACAGCCCUCUGCCAUCGAACCAGUAUUCCAGUAAAUACCUUGCCAUCGCUUCAGUGACAAACCCACCCAAGGUGGAAUUACUUUGUUUGCAGUGAUUACUUUAAUUAUGGAUUCUUUCAAAAUUGGAUACUUUGUUGGAUUUUCAAGUUGCUUAUCAGUCACAGAAGGUAUUUUUCCAGUUACGCAUGCAGUUCAUACGCUUUUGCAGGUAUAUUUUUUAUGGUGUCAUGCAAGGGAUAUUAUCCAGUCCUUCAAAACACUGGAGAGGUUUGGAGUAAUCCAUUCAGUAUUUACAAAUUUGCUUUUGUGGACAAAUGGUAUAUUAGCUGAAUCAAAGCAUCAACUUAAUGAACACAAGGAAAGGUUAAUUACUCUUGGAUUUGGAAACAUAUCAAUAGAACUGGAUGAUCAUGCACCACUUUGCAAUUGUACCUCCACCACCCUCUGUUCCAUAUUUUCCCAAGGAAUAUAUUAUUUGUACCCCUUCAAUAUUGAGUAUCACAUUUUAGCAUCCACAAUGCUGUAUGUGGUCUGGAAGAACAUUGGGCGCAAAGUUGAAUAUCUUCAUCCACAUAAGAUGCCAUUCAAGUUUCAGGGCAAAGCAAUAGGCACUAUCUUAGGUCUAGUGGUGUUUACUACAACAAUAGCAGUUGUAGUUGUUUAUCUUAUUCAGAUUGGGCGUUCAAAAUUAAAGAGUGAACUAGCGCUUAUUAUGUUUUACUUGUAUGCCAUCACAAUACUGGCACUCAUGUGCGCAGCUGGCAUUGUAGCGCUUCUAAUCUAUAGACUUGAAGAUAAGUCACUGGAUGUUUCCAAAAAUCCAGCUAGAAAACUUGAUGCAGACCUCUUGGUGGGAACAGCUUCAGGCUCCUGGCUUCUUUCUUGGGGUUCCAUUCUUGCAAUCAUCUGUGCUCAGUCCCAUCCAGCAUAUACAUGGUUCAAUUUGCCCUACUCUGUGCUUGUGAUAAUUGAGAAAUAUAUUCAGAACCUCUUCAUAAUUGAAUCCAUACAUCGUGAGCAUGACAAGAUUAAUGAUGACAUUAAAACCCUUCGAAUUUUAACGGUGUCCAGUGGAAGCAAUCUGUCCCCUACAGCUUCCUACAAAGAAAUCUAUAAUGAAACAAAUGGAGAGUUCCCAUCCAUAUUUCAUGGAAAUAGUCGUCCACCUGAGAACAGUUCUGGGUGUGCUUUGGAGGAAAACAUCAAUCAGAGCAAGAUUCCAGUCCCUCCAUCCUCUUCGGAUUUCUCAUUCACUUGGAGAAACUUCUCUGUCAACAGCAAAAGAAGUAUCCUGAAGAAUAUUGCUGUAUUUUUGUUCUUAUGUAAUCUCUCACUUUGGAUUCCACAAGCUUUUGGUUGCCGCCCUGAAUAUGACAAUGGCCUGGAAGAAACAGUUUUUGGAUUUGAACCUUGGAUCAUUGUGGUGAAUCUCGCAAUGCCCUUUUCCAUUUUCUACCGGAUGCAUUCAGCAGCCUCCCUCUUUGAGGUCAGUUGCAAAACAUAA